AUGGCCACGCGGCGAAUACUUCAACCGCUGGUACGGGCGACGAGGCGACCCACGACCAGUACCAUUGCUAUCACGAUCCCCACGCGCACGACGAGCACGAGCACGAGCAGAGCCUACGCUACCUCCAAGCAGCCGAGUGCCACCUCCCGCUUCUAUAAGACCUUCACCCGACCAGUCGCCAAGGCUCUCCUGCUCGCCGUCUUCUCCUAUCAAGUCGUCUACUGGUCGUGGAUGAAACUCGAAGCAGAUGAGUACCGCGCCGAGACGGAUGCCACAAUCAUGAAGCUCGAGGCCAACGUCGCCACCUACGACAACGGAGCGAAGAGCAAGCCCGUGGGCGAGGACACCUCGGUAAAAGGCCAAUAA